AUGCCAGAAAUCAACAUCAAAAAUGAUGCCCAACGUGUGUUUAACAUCCUCCAAUCCGGUGGCAUCGCCAUCAUCCCCGCAAACGUGGGCUAUGGCAUCGUAGCCACCGACCCAGCAGCCCUCGAUCGGAUCUUCACAGCCAAGAAGCGGGAGCCGCACAAGCGACAUGCUAUGAUCGGGAGCUAUGCCCUUAAGGAGAUCCACCGACUUUCUCCGCGAAAAGAGAUGGUACGACUACUUACUGUUGACCUCGACCUUCCACUUGGUGUCGUGGCGCCGUUUCAUGAGGAUCAUCCGAUCAUACAGAAAUUAGGGAAGGACAUGCUAGAGAAGAGCUCUGUUGAUGGAACACUGUCUAUGCUGGUGAAUGGAGGGCAGCUCCAAGACGAACUAUCCCGGCUCGCUACGGAAGCAGGAGUUCCUCUAAUGGGCUCAUCUGCCAAUCUAACUGGGCAGGGAACAAAGACGCUCGUGGAAGAUAUCGAGCCGGAGAUUCUUGCAGCAGCAAAUAUUGUGAUUGACUACGGUCGACAGAAGUACCAUCAUCCGAGGCCUUCAUCGACUAUGUUUGACUUUAAGCAUAUGAAGUUGCUGCGCUUUGGGGCUUGCUAUGAAGUCAUUCAGGAUGUUUUCCAGCGAUUCUACGGGAUUUCCUUGCCCGAUGAUCCAGGCAGAAAAGAGUUGUUUUCUGGUCAUUUGCCAUCAGAGUCAUAA